AUGGUUGAGAAACUUUAUUUACUUAAAAAAGGUAUAAAUAAUUUGGGGAUGCAAGUUUCAAUUAAACACAGAAAACAAUUAAAACUUGAAAAAGGUGAUAAAUUAUUUAUUGUCAAAGAUCAGCAAAGAAAUGAGUAUUGCAAUGAAAAUGAAAUUAGUUAUGAAAUUGAUAGAGAGAAUGCUGAUAGCUAUACUCA